AUGGGUGUUAUUAGAAUACUUUUGUCUCUCUUCUCUCUCGUUUUUAAGGCACUAGACUCCGUGGGAAUUCUGUGGGAUGCUCGGCUUCGGUUAUCAGAAUUUAUCUACGGAAAGCAUGGAAUUACAGUCCGUGUGCCGACAAAGAGUAUUUUAAAAUUACCAGCGUGUGUUAUUGCCGAAUACAUAAAGAAACGAAAGUUAACAUGCGUCGAAGUUAUUGAGGCUUUCAGAGACAGAAUUCUCGAAGUCAACCCGAUUCUCAACGCUGUUGUUGGAGACAGAUUCGACGACGCUUUAGAAGAAGCCCAGCACAUCGAUCAAGUUCUGGAUUCGAGCGAUAUAAACUUAAAUCAAGAAAAAUCUGUUUUAUUGAGUAAGCCUUUACUAGGAGUUCCCAUUACUGUGAAAGAAUCAAUCGCUUGUGAGGGAUUCACUAACUCGGCUGGACUUGUGGAUCGGAAAGAUAAGAUUGCCUCUGAGGAUGCAGCCGUUGUUAAAAACCUUCGUGAUGCCGGCGCCAUUCCUAUCGCCGUCACGAACUGUAGCGAAUUGUGCAUGUGGUGGGAGACAACAAACAACGUAUAUGGACGGACAAACAACCCUUAUGAAACAUCCAAGAUAGCUGGUGGAAGUUCAGGUGGCGAGGGCGCGAUUAUUUCUGCUGCAGGUUCGGUUUGUGGCAUUGGAUCGGAUGUAGGUAAGUAA